AUGGAACGGACCCUCAGAAUAAUAGAAGUCAGCGAUAACAGUGCCCUCAUUACCUCUUUAGCUGGUGACGCUGAGCCGCUAAAGGUGCAGUUUGACCUUCUUAAGAGAGUGCCAAUGGGAAUUGAUAAUGAAACGAGUCGACGUCGGGCCUCUGCAGGAAGAUCCGCUGCAUCUCUUCCAUGCGUGUACGUGCAACAUCUUCCGAGGCAAGAAUCAGACCGCUCAGCCAACACCGCGUUGAGAAAUGCUCAAGGGAAACGCAUCAUUCAUCCUAUGCUGUUUCCCGCUUUUCCUGGAUACUACAUCGGCUCGUACUGUGCACAAGCAGUCGAACGUCUCGAUCAGAUACCGAGAGAGUAG